AUGUAUGCAAGCAAUUCUCCUCCACCGGAUACCUCAUAUACCUCAGUUAAUCCUUCAAUGAAAACUUCUGUAAUCAGCAAAGUUUCUGGAAUUGAACCUUACGUUUCACACAUAGUUCAAAAUGUUACUAGAGAUUUAGAAUUUCUUCGUCAACAAGGUUGUAUCUCAUCAAUUGCCUUUGAUGAAAUAGUGGAAAGGUUACCUAAGCCAAUCUUUCAUGCGGCUCCUCACACACCUCCUUCAGCUCCUUCACCUACUUCACCAGUACGUUCUGAAUCUUCAGACGUUUCUGUAAAAUCCGAUACUUCGAAAAAACAUAAUUCAAUUACUUCUAUACCGCAAAGACCACUUUCAGCAUCAUCUCAGAUUUCGCAAGAACAACCAAUGUAUCCUUCAGUACAACAAAAACUUGAAGACGAUGAAAAUCAACGACAAUCGCAACAAAUAUCAGCACAACUAAGAUCCAUAUCACCAUUUCGAGAAACGCCCCCGUUAUUAAGCACUCCUCCUCCUCUACCACAUUUAAUGCAGAACCGGGAAGUUGGGAUUCCUGACCAAUCACAAAUCGAGUACCAAUCGAUAAUGUCGAGACCGGAUUUACCUUCUCGCGUAUCUAGCUCUCAACAAGUUGGUCACCAUUCACAACCUAGCUCAACUGCAAGUUCGAUUUCAAAUACAGGAGCUAUCAUUGCAACUAGACCUUUACCUCAUCCACCGAAUUCAUCCAGUUCAUCUCCCCCAUGUCCUCAAGUACUACCAGUAUUUAAUAAUAAACAGGAAGAGGCAGAAUACGAAAAGUCUAUGAAUCGUAAACCAAAGCGGGAAUCCUUGCUGCCAGCAUAUAGUAUUUCACUCGUUGAAGCCUUGUGGGACUUUAGAGGUGUUGAUAGUGGAGAUUUAAGUUUUAGGAAAGGUGAUAUCAUAGAAGUGGUUGAAUAUGUAAAUAUGGAUUGGUGGAAAGGUAGAAUUCGAGGAACCGACAAAAUUGGAAUAUUUCCAAAAAUAUAUACAAGGGUUUUGCCUGGGCAAGUCGCUAAUAAUAAUACUGUACCUGAACAGCCCAUGGUCACUAAUGUAUAUUAUUCUCAAAGACCCAAUAAUAUGUCAACUUAUUCAUCACAAUCAAUACGUCCCGCCUUUCAACCAUCUAUUUCUUCAACACAAAUAAUUUCAAAUCAAUCUCCCUCAGGAUCUCAACAUUCUCCAUCUAUUAUGGCAAUGCAAGGCAUAGUUCUACUUCAUUGUCUGGUCAGCAAGUUUACUAUCAAAUGUGAAGAAAUUUAG